AUGGCGGCGGAGACUGUGGAGCUCCAUAAGCUGAAGUUGGCUGAACUGAAGCAGGAAUGUCUGGCCCGUGGCCUGGAAGCAAAAGGCAACAAGCAGGAUCUGAUCAACAGGCUCCAGGCUUACCUGGAGGAGCACGCUGAAGAAGAAGCAAAUGAAGAAGAUGUCCUGGGGGAAGAAAUAGAGGAAGAAGAGCAGAAGCCGGUAGAGCCGCCCGUCAAAGUAGAAGAGCCUCCUGUAAAAUCGCCUGACGUGAUUACGGAAAAGAAGGUAGUGAAAAUAACAUCGGAGAUUUCGCAGAUGGAGCGAAUGCAGAAGAGGGCUGAACGCUUCAAUGUGCCCGUGAGCCUGGAGAGCAAGAAGGCAGCGCGGGCAGCUCGGUUUGGUUUGGCCACAGUUUCGACUAAAGGCCUCUCUGCAGACAGCAAACCCACGGUAAACAUGGAUAAAUUAAAGGAAAGGGCUCAAAGAUUUGGGUUGAAUGUCUCCUCGCUCUCCAAGAAGAGUGAAGAAGACGAGAAACUGAAGAAGAGGAAGGAGCGGUUUGGCAUUGUAACAAGUUCAGCCGGGGCUGGAGCUACAGAGGACACAGAGGCAAAGAAGAGGAAAAGAGCAGAACGCUUUGGGAUCGUCUGAUGCCAGUCCUUCUUAGCUUCAGCCCGUUUGCAGUGUGCCUCUCGAGUGCGUGCAUACUCUUUUCUCUCUUUCCCCCACUUUCUCUCACUCCCACACUGUUUCUCUAGGUUUUAGUGAUGAGUAGACAGGGAAUCCCCCGUAGUUGUAUGAUUGUGCUACUUAUUUUUUUCAAGUUACGAAGUUUUAAAAAUGAAGAAAAGUUGAGCAAAAAGAAGAAACGGUUCUCAGUGCGUCUCCGGUAGCCCGCGGUCCCGCCGUCCGGUGGUUUCCCAGCUGCUGGUGGGUCAUUCGCAGCAGCUCGCACCGGAGACCCUGUCUGGCGGGGAGAGAUGGAGAGCAUCCCGCUGCCCUCCCAGUGCCGCUGGGAAACGCCUGAGCAGGGGAGAGUCAGCAGACGGGCAGAUAGAGCAACGGCAGGAGGGCGGUGUCGGCCGUGCGACGAGGAAGGGAAAAGGUUGAGGACUGGAGAGGGAGCAGGGUUUGCUCUGCCCUCGGCGGCUGCUUUUUUAGUUUAAGGACUCCCGCUGCGCUGCUGAGGCGAGGACUGGGUUGAAGCGUGUUGUCUGUUUGCUGCCGAUGCCGUCUCCAGCUCUCAGGCUGCCCUGGUCCUCUCCUCCUCCUCCUCCUCCACCCUGUGAAAACGGGCCCGAGGUUCAGCUGUCUCGUGGUUUCUUCCCAGCAGCUGGGACGAGAACACGCCUCGCCUCGAGAGCACGAUGCAUUACGUGAGUCCUGCUCUGGAUCUCUGGUGUCUGACCCCUGGCUCGUCCCGGAGCUGACAGGUUGAACGUCAGGGAAGGAUUUUCUCAAAUAUAUUGUCUCGUGUUUUCAAAAAUGGAAGUGGCGUGUGUGAUAGCCGACACGCGGGGCAGUUUUCCGACUGCCUUCCUUCCCCGGGUGAGGCUAAUGGGAGUUGUCAGAGCGAGAAUUGCUGAUUAACCCUAGAUCAAGACUGGUGUCCCAAAACGAGGAGGAAAACGUAGCAAUGCAUUUGCAAAUGGAGCCCCUUCUCACCGCUUCAUUUAUCCUGCCUUGUUAAGCCCUCUGCGGCUUGUGGUGUUUCACGUACGUUUUCCAGGUUCCUCUAAGGUCAGUGACACAUUUCUCUCCUUAAACGACAAACCAGCAGCGUCGCUUUGCCCGAUGUCUCUUCUCAGGCUGGAUUUUAUCUUGUCCUCUCUUUGCCUCAGCUGCCAAGCUGGUUUAACUCGCAGACUUGCAGAAGAAGCCUCAGUCUUCUCCGAGCUGCCAGGCGGUGCAGGAGAGCACCAGCGUUAUCCUGGGACCCGUGUUUUGAGUGUGGAAGUUCUUGGUAGCUGUGCAGGAACGCGGUUCCUUCUGCUGCAUUAACCGUAACCCUUUCGGUGAAAUUAUG